CCAGCACUUCAGCAGCGACAAGGGCUUUUCUAGAGGAGACUGUUCGUGCAACCCGCUCCCAUGCCUGCACUCUCAUCCCGGCGACAGCUGCGCCCGACACCUGACAGCUGAGCACCCAAUAACAGCAGCAGCAUAAAAGAGCGAUAUAUACAGGUGCGGCAGAAGACGGGCAUCUCUGACAGUAACACUGCUGCUGCUGAGCAUCUUCAACCUACAGCCAGGAGAAAGGAUCCUGCUUACAGGUUCUCCUUGGAUCCAAAACAAUACUGGUAGAGAAGAAGGACCGUGGCAGUACAUUUUGCUGUUUCAUUUCUGAAAGUGGAAGCACAUGUCCAAGCUUCCAAUUCCACUGUGCUGUGUGGACCUGCUACGCCGGCUGCUGAACUUCAUAGGUAUUUAAAGAAUAUGAGGAAAUAUAUGCUUUCACCAAAAGCAUGAAUUGACCUCCAAAUUCAGAGAAGAUUUUCAGUUUUCACAGCACUAAAAAGGAAGAAAAAGAACUGUGUAGCAGCACUGCAAUGUCUGUUUGCAACAAUGGCGGCAGGAUUCCAUCUCCGCAGGAAUCUGCCAAUGGCUUUUGUCAGCCCAGUGCUUCAGGCACCUGGCAUAAACCUGAAGAAGAAGUGAGAGUGACAGAACCCAGCCCUGUCAAGAAGGCCCACAGGGAAAUCUUAGACCAUGAGCGGAAAAGACGGGUAGAACUCAAGUGCAUGGAGCUACAAGAAAUGAUGGAGGAGCAGGGGUACUCAGAGGAGGAAAUCCGUCAGAAAGUAGGGACUUUUCGGCAAAUGCUCAUGGAGAAAGAAGGGGUGCUGACAAGAGAAGAUCAACAUGGACGUCAGAUAGUAAUUAAAAACCAUUAUGUGGUUCCUGGCGAAGAGAGUACCACAGAGUAUUCAGUGUAUGGGGAAGGCUACACCUUGGAAUGUGACUGUCACAGUGAUUGCUAUCAAGAUGAUAAUAACCAGAGGGAUUACAGAGCAAGCAGAAGACUGAGCAGCUCGGUAUCACCACCCCCAAAGAAAAGGAAGAAGAAGAAAUCUGGACGUAAGAGGAGCCGCUGUGAUAGUUCAUCACCAGUGCGGAAAGAAAAGAAGAAGAAAAGCAGCAAAAAGCACAAAAGGGACAGGUCAAAUUCAGGGUCCAGAAAGAAGAGAAGACACAGAUCUAGAAGCCUCAAGAACAAAAGAAAAGAUAAAUCUAAAGACAUAAAGAGAUCUCAUAGCGGAUCAACAACACGCAGAACCCACAGGCACAGCAGCUGUAGCUCUCAUAGUGCUUCGCCUUCUUCUGAUUACAGUACCUCCAAAUCACCAUGCAGACAAAGCCCCAAGCAUAGGCAGGAAGAUCAUAAACCUUCUAGCCACAGAUCCAGCCGCAGCCAAUCCUCUUCAUGCACCGGUCACAGCCGAGCUGCCACGCCACACCAGAAUGGGCACAAGAGUGGCAUUCACAAUGGUCACCACAGUCAAGGGCAUGGCACCAUUCUAGAGAAACAUUUGGAUCGACUCAAUUCGAUAUCACCAUCUUCAAAGACACAUUCAAAAGUGGAGACAUCUCCUAGCCGUCACAAGGGUAAUAACCGCAAUGAUAUUAGGAGUCCAAGAUCUAUUUCAUCAAGUAAAGGUGGCCGAUGUUCAUCAGAUGAUAAGCAUCGACGUCACUCCAGGUCGCCAUCAUCAGAGAGACAUCAUAGACGGUCUAGGGUUCGAACUAGGAUUCAGAAAGAGUCUUCUGUGAACUCAGGAAGCCGUACAGGCUAUAGCAGUGAUUCUGAAGGAUCAGUAUUUUCACAGACCACUGGACAAGAAAAGAACCAUGGUGCUUCAGCAAAAAGGCAAAAAGUCAAGCAUCACCGUGGUAGACAAAAUAGCUGUUCUGAGUCAUCUGUGAAACAUGCUCGACAAAAUUUGGAGAGGAAAAAGAGUCCAACACGCAGCACAGGUAACAGAGGCAGCUCCUGGAGUUCCAGCCGCUCGCGAUCCCGUUCAAGAUCACGUGACAAGAGGUCAGCAAGAAGUAGGUCUAGAUCGGUCUCUCAGAAGAAGAAUUUAAACAGGGAGAAAGAUGGUGAGGCCCGAGCACGACAUAAUGAUACAGAAGCAACAAGGCCUCGACGUCGCUCUAGAAGUUACUCUCCUAUUCGGAAGAGAAGGAGGGAUUCUCCUAGCUUCAUGGAAGCAAGAAGAAUUACAAGUGCCCGGAAGCGCCCAAUCCCUUACUAUCGUCCUAGCCCAUCUUCCAGCUCCUUGAGUAGCUACUCCCACAGUCGCAGUCGAAGUAGGAGUUAUGACAGCUACAGCAGCUACAGUCAUAGCCGGACUCGGAGCCGCUCUCCCAGCCAUAGUCGGAGUCCUAGCUACAGGAGCAGCUCUGAGAGUGCAGGAUUCUAAACCUCUGUACAUCAAGCCAACUCUCCUACUAAUCAUAUUUGCUUCCUAAAGUAGAUUGUGUGUUAGCCCAAGAAGACUCAUAGGGUUAAAAUGUGUAAGAAUAUAAAUAAAUAUAUAUAUAUAUAUAUAUAUAUAUAUACACAAAGGAUUUACUAUAAGUUUACGCCAGUGUAAAUCUACCUUUACUAAACAGAUCAAACAAAACAUGUAAGUCUCACCUUAAUUUUGAAUAUUGUGUCUACAAUAUGAUGUUUUCCCUUUGCCACUAAGCACAGAAGCCGCAGGCUCUCUAGUCGCACAGUACUAAAUGAAGUAACAGAGCUGCUUGUCUGACCAUACUUUCUAAAACCACAUAAACAAUAUUUAAGAUGUGGUUGUGCAGUAUUCUAACAAUAUAUCAGUUUUUUUUUUUUUUUUUAAAUGAGUUGUGAUGGACAUAUAAUCAGUAGUUGGAAUAGUUGGGAAUCCACAGUUGAAUUAUAAUAGGGCACUAAAGCACCUAUAAAACUGAAUCUUUUUUGUUAAAUAUAUGUAAAAAAAAGUAAGCGCGAAGAAAAACUAGUCCAACAUGCGCAAGAUGAGACCUGUGUAACAUGCAGGUAAUUUAUUGCAAAACUGGUGAUACUGCUCAUUCAUUUUUAUAUGUUACUAAAUUGUAUUUAUGAUUAUUAUUAUUAUAUAUAGACACAAAACAUAUUCUGCAAUUGGGUGGCCAUUAUUAUUAUUAUUAUUAUUACUUUAUACCAUAGGUCGGUGGUUCCCAAACUUUUUUGAAUCAAUGCGCCCUAGAGUAUCAGAAUUUUUUUUUUCACGGCACCCUAGGGCAAAAGUUUCUUAUGGAGAAAUUUAGAAAACAAAAAUAAAAUUAAGUAAAUUGUGUUCAUAUGUCAUCAUUAGGUUCACUUAUGUGGUGAGGAACAGGAUUUGCUUCUGUUUGCCCACAUAUUUUGAUUGGAUGCUACAGCACUGGUUUUGCCUAUUACUUUGACCAAAAAUAGUUUGAAUUGGUCCUAGACCACAACAUAGGACACCCCUGCAAGUGCCCUGAAGCACCCAGCAUUCUUACUACAACACUCUGCACCCAUUAUACCUUCUGGUGUCCUGCGGCGCAGCAGCAGCGCUGCAAAUAUCACUGGGAAAAUGGUGCAGCACCAUUUCCUCUGUGUUUUGCGCAUGCGCAGUGGGAAAAUCACUGGGAAAAUUGCAGCCGCGCUGUUUUCCUGGAGAUCUGCGCAUUCACUCUAGACUCUUGGACAGUGCCAGGGUCCCCUAGGGACCCUAGUUCCCAGAGUCACAGCGCUGCUGUCGGCUAGAGAGGAGAGGUCCCUGACAGAGCCUGCACAUGGGCCUCCUCCUCUCUAGAAACACCCCUAAAUAUAUAUGCUGCCUACUAAAGUUCAGUAAAUAUUUUGGCACUAUAUUAGUUUCCUCAUCUAUGUUUCUUAUAUAAAUUUUAAGCAUUGAAAAAGACUUUAGUUGACUCUUUCUAGUUCAGGAAAUAAUUUAAAAAAAUCUAACCUGUUUAUCAAUCAGAAGUUUUUGGAAAAGUUAUUCAGAAAGUUCAAUUUGAAAGCUUCAUUAGGACAUAUGAACUGUACAAAGACAUAAUAGCUUUAUUAAAAGUGCAUUUUUUCUGUACCAUACAAUAGAAGACAGUAGAACACUACGACUCAUCAUCAGCAACAAAAACCUUUACCAACAGUAAUUCAUCCCCAAGUCUUACCAUGUAAUCAUGUACCACUGGCCUGUGGUAACACAUAAACAAAGUUAACACAUCUAACAAAACACUCUCCCAAAUCGUAAAAAGAUAGCUUGAUUAUUGGAUGCAAGUGAAUGCUAUUCAUCAGCAGAAAUCUGCAAUUUAAUAACAUGAGUUACAGAAUGUAAUAAGUGUAAAAAUUACCUUUACUAUUUUCUAUGUUUACAAAGUAUGCCAUUACUUAAAUAUUACCAGAAUUAAGGCACUCUAUACAUGACAGCCACCAUUUUAAGUUAUUUAGCCAUUUUGGGAAUGGCGGUUUGCAUUUUUUAAAAGUAUAUUUUAUUUAUUUAUUUAUUUAGUCUAUUUGUUUUAAGGACAUUAUUUUGAGUUUACUGGCAUCAAGAACAACUGCUGAUUUCUAGAUAAAGACUUUGUUGAUUUUCAGCUAUCAACUGGAAAAGAAAUCAUGGACAUGAUAAGAUCAAUCUGUUAAAAGAUUAAGGAUAACCUUUUUUUUUAUAUCAAGGAUGAUUUAAGACCAUGGCUCCAAAAAACGUUAUGUUUUUCUUCCUUGUAGUAUUUAUCUGCUUCAUGCUCUAAAACAAAGUUAUUGGGUUGAAGCCGCAAUGAACAAAUAAUCUGUCCAGUAUAUUUCUGUACACAUGGAUAGAUCACGAAUGCUGCUUACAGUACCUUGUAAAUUUGGGAUAUAUGCACAGUUCAGUCCAUGUACCAAGGCACGGAAGCCUGUGAUUAUAGAGGACGCUACAUGGCUGCAACACAAGUUACUUUCAUCACAAAAAAAGCUGCAAUGCAGAAACAUUUAACUGGACAAAAGACUUAUGUUUAUUUAUGUUGUAUUAGAAUUAUAUAUAUGUUGUAUAGUUUCUCAGAGAUAAAUUUAUUGUACAAGUUGUCUUCAGUUGACCAAUACCAGUUUUACUUUUUAUACUCAUAAGUUAUUUGGGAAUAUCACAUGAGAAAUGUCCUUUCAGUGAGGGUUCCGCUUCUAGUUGAAUAUAUUUACUUUACUUUACUCUUGCAGUACCCUGACUACAGUACAUUUCUGAAUAAUAGGAAAUGUAACGUAUAUAAACUGAUGAUUACUUCACAUAUGAGAAAUUAUUUGUCUCAUAUUUGUAUAUCUUGCAUUUUUAUUGCAUUGUUAAUGCACAGUUCAAAUCAACAUAAAACAAAUGGCCACUAAUGGUUAUUUCUUAUAAAAAAUGUAUAGCUUAUAUUAUUUGAAGUCUAUCUCUAAUCUUGUAUUUGGUAACUGUCAUAAAGUUCCGAAAGGUCUCAAUGUGAUGUGAUAUUGACAUUUUCCAUAAACUUGUCUAUGUUUUAACAGCUA